AUGGACCUGGACAGUGAUGCAGAGGAAGAUGCAAGGCCAAAUGCAUGUGGUGACCAGCCAGUAGAGUGGACAGCAGAGGACGACGAUGCAUGGGAAGCGGAAACUGAACGUGACUACUAUGCGGCGUUGGAAUUGACCCGUGGGUCACACAUCUCUACAAGCCGUGUGCGGGCUGCGUACCACAAGUUGGCGCGGAAAUGGCACCCAUACUUAGGUUGCCCGGACGAGGCUGAUGGUGAGUCUAAGAUCGACAACCAUGCAGUUCUGCGGCGGUUCUGGGCCAUUUCCGAGGCCUACUUGGUCUUGACUGACUCGGAAAGGCGUCGCAUCUAUGAUGAAUGUGGCUUCCAAAGCCUUAAGCAGAGCGAGUCUUGUUAUGCGGAAUCGGUUUUUGAGAAGGAUGCUUUUCAAAUCUACGAAGACUUUUUCAAUGGCUCCGAUCCGGAGGCCCGUGACUUUCUGUUGAUGAACGGUGGGAUGGCAGGCAGCAGCAGUGAAUCGGAGGAAAGCUGGGAGGCAGACGUAGCCCUACCUAUGCCAGACAAGCCUGGAGCAGUUGGGCGGUAUAGCCUUGUGCGUGCUGUACUGUUGCACCUGUACCUGUCAACUGGAGCUUAUUCAUAUUGAAG